CUAAUAGCUAGAGGAGGGGUACUUUCAAUUCGUUGCUCUCCUCCCCGGCCGGUAGGCAGCAACAAGCUGUAAGCACAAGUAUCGAAAUGGUUAGCGGUGAUGUAGGAGUAGUAGUGUACUACCUGCUGCUAGUAUUAGUGGUGGUGCAGGGGUGCAAAGGCAGCAGCGCGGUGCAGGGUGAAGGUCGGUGGUACAACGAGAGCGAGGCCAUCGGUGGUGCGGCGGCGUGGGGGAACGCGAAGGCGACGUGGUACGGGCAGCCGAACGGCGCCGGGGCGGCGGACAACGGCGGGGCGUGCGGGUUCAAGAAGGUGAACCAGUACCCGUUCAUGGGGAUGACGUCGUGCGGGAACCAGCCGCUGUACAAGGGCGGCAAGGGCUGCGGCUCCUGCUACCGCGUCAGGUGCAAUCGAAACCCCGCCUGCUCCGGCAACGCCCAGACCGUCGCCAUCACCGACAUGAACUACUUCCCCCUCUCCCAGUACCACUUCGACCUCAGCGGCAUCGCCUUCGGCCGCCUCGCCAAGCCCGGCCGCGCCGACGACCUCCGCCGCGCGGGGAUCAUCGACGUGCAGUUCGCGCGCGUGCCGUGCGAGUUCCCGGGCCUCAAGGUGGGAUUCCACGUGGAGGAAGGGUCCAGCCCCGUGUACCUGGCGGUGCUGGUGGAGUACGAGAACGGCGACGGAGACGUGGCGCAGGUGGACCUCAAGGAGGCCGGCGCCGGAGGAGGAAGGUGGACGCCGAUGCGGGAGUCGUGGGGGUCGGUGUGGAGGCUGGACUCCAACCACCGCCUGCGGGCGCCAUUCUCCAUCCGCAUCCGGAGCGACUCCGGCAAGACGUUGGUGGCACCCGACGUCAUCCCCCUCAACUGGACGCCCAACACCUUCUACCGUUCCUUCGUCCAGUACUCCUCCUAGCUAGCUACUCCUAUACCCAUUAAUUCUUCCCUAAUUAUUCCUUCUUGUUAUUAUAUUCUACCCUUAUAUAUAUAUAUAUAUAUGUUAUUAAUUCCGAUAUCAUCAUAUAUAAUUAAGUACUAAAAUA